CAGUACCGCGACACACAGCCUCUAAACCAUAGCGUCUGAGUUGCAGGUAGGGGUCUCACAAUCACCCUAUUCUGUACGCAAGAGGCCCUUGGAAUAAAGCGGAGGUAAGCUGCCCACGCUCAACCCUUUGCCCUGUCGCGUCCUCUUCCUUCUACGGAAAACAGCUGCGAGUCACUGAGACGCUUUUCAAGAUAACGCCAGCCCCAGAGCUCAGGUGAGACCUCUAGAGAGAAAGCUCGCAGGUACCUCCUCCGCACGCUGUUACCAUCUGCCAGCCCCCUUAUCCAGGAGCUCGGCCCUCGGCAGGCUGCCCGCACCGCGCCGAAGGGCGCAUCUUCACCCCGUGGCUCUGGCGGCAGAGACGCGCGGGGCGUGCUCGGGAGCGAGGAGCGAAAAGUUGUGCGCCCACUUGGGUAGGGGGAAAGAGAGCGAUCGAGCCAGCGCGCGAGAGCGAAGGGGGAAGGCGGGGAGGGGGCGGGGAGGGGGGACUGCUUACAUGAAUUUCCAAGUGGUAGACCUGCCUCUGCGCUCUGCCCAAUGAGAUCCGUCAGGGGAGGCACCCGGCUCACUUUUCCACAUCACUUCACAGUUACAUUUGGCAGGCAGGCGGGCUCGCACGCCGGAGCGCUCAGCCCAGAAUUAGCGGAUUUAUUUGGAAUCUCCCUGCCUCUUCCAAGCUCCGCCGCCGCCGCUGCCGGUUUGUGCAUAGACGGUAGCGUCAAGCCACCAGCUUCACUUUGGGCUGCGGACACCCAGAGCCCUGCGCGCCCUCCCCGCGUCUCCGCACCAAGCCCUGCAGCUCCGAGAGGCAUGAACGGAAUCCGGAGGCGCCUGCCUAGCGCGCGAGGACCGGUCGGCGCUCGCCGCCCUCGGGAGCUGACCCCGAGCCCCUCCAGCCAUUUGUGAACCAGGAGGCUUGAUAUUAGCCAGCGCAGGGCCCCACACGAGAAAUUUGAAUGAAAAGAAAAGCCAAUGGAUUGUGGUCUUAGAAAAGCUGCUUAGAUGAUGUCUGUUUCCCAUGCUAUAGACACGUGGCAGAGCUGUAAGUAAAUGCUCGGCACUGCAUGAUGAAUUGGAUGGCUGCAGACCGGAGACAAAAAAAAUAAUUGUCUCAUUUUCGUGGUGAUUUGCUUAACUGGUGGGACCAUGCCAGAACGGCUAGCGGAAAUGCUCUUGGAUCUCUGGACUCCAUUAAUAAUAUUAUGGAUUACUCUUCCCCCUUGCAUUUACAUGGCUCCAAUGAAUCAGUCUCAAGUUUUAAUGAGUGGAUCCCCUUUGGAAAUAAACAGUCUGGGUGAAGAACAGCGAAUUUUGAACCGCUCCAAAAGAGGCUGGGUUUGGAAUCAAAUGUUUGUCCUGGAAGAGUUUUCUGGACCUGAACCGAUUCUUGUUGGCCGGUUGCAUACUUCACUUGAUCCUGGGAGUAAGAACGUGGAAAUCAUGUAUAUUUUAAAAGGUGAUGGAGCUGGGACCAUCUUUCAAAUAAAUGAUGUAACUGGAGAUAUCCAUGCUAUAAAAAGACUUGACCGGGAGGAAAAGGCUGAGUAUACCCUAACAGCUCAAGCAGUGGAUUGGGAGACAAGCAAACCUCUGGAGCCUCCGUCUGAAUUUAUUAUUAAAGUUCAAGACAUCAAUGACAACGCACCAGAGUUUCUUAAUGGACCCUAUCACGCUACUGUACCAGAAAUGUCCAUUUUGGGUACGUCUGUCACUAACGUCACUGCGACCGACGCCGAUGACCCAGUUUAUGGAAACAGUGCAAAGCUGGUUUAUAGUAUAUUGGAAGGGCAGCCUUACUUUUCCAUUGAGCCUGAAACAGCUAUUAUAAAAACUGCCCUUCCCAACAUGGACAGAGAAGCCAAGGAGGAGUACCUGGUUGUUAUCCAAGCCAAAGAUAUGGGUGGACACUCUGGUGGCCUGUCUGGGACCACGACACUUACAGUGACUCUUACUGAUGUUAAUGACAAUCCUCCAAAGUUUGCACAGAGCCUGUAUCACUUCUCAGUACCAGAAGACGUGGUUCUUGGCACUGCAAUAGGCAGGGUGAAGGCCAAUGAUCAGGAUAUUGGUGAAAAUGCACAGUCAUCAUAUGACAUCAUUGAUGGAGAUGGAACAGCACUUUUUGAAAUCACUUCUGAUGCCCAGGCCCAGGAUGGCAUUAUAAGGCUAAGAAAACCUCUGGACUUUGAGACCAAAAAAUCCUAUACGCUAAAGGUAGAGGCAGCCAAUAUCCAUAUUGACCCACGUUUCAGUAGCAGGGGACCCUUUAAAGACACGGCGACUGUCAAAAUCGUCGUUGAAGAUGCUGAUGAGCCUCCGGUCUUCUCUUCACCGACUUACCUGCUUGAAGUUCAUGAAAAUGCUGCUCUGAACUCCGUGAUUGGGCAAGUGACUGCUCGUGACCCUGAUAUCACUUCCAGUCCUAUAAGGUUUUCCAUCGACCGGCACACUGACCUGGAGAGGCAGUUCAACAUUAAUGCAGACGAUGGGAAGAUAACGCUGGCAACACCACUUGACAGAGAAUUGAGUGUAUGGCACAACAUAACAAUCAUUGCUACUGAAAUUAGGAACCACAGUCAGAUAUCACGAGUACCUGUUGCUAUUAAAGUGCUGGAUGUCAAUGACAACGCCCCUGAAUUCGCAUCCGAAUAUGAGGCAUUUUUAUGUGAAAAUGGAAAACCCGGCCAAGUCAUUCAAACAGUUAGUGCCAUGGACAAAGAUGAUCCCAAAAACGGACAUUAUUUCUUAUACAGUCUCCUUCCAGAAAUGGUCAACAAUCCGAAUUUCACCAUCAAGAAAAAUGAAGAUAAUUCCCUCAGUAUUUUGGCAAAGCAUAAUGGAUUCAACCGCCAGAAGCAAGAAGUCUACCUUUUACCAAUCAUAAUCAGUGAUAGUGGAAACCCUCCACUGAGCAGCACCAGCACCCUGACCAUCCGGGUCUGUGGCUGCAGCAAUGACGGUGUCGUCCAGUCUUGUAAUGUUGAAGCUUAUGUCCUUCCAAUUGGACUCAGUAUGGGCGCCUUAAUUGCCAUAUUAGCCUGCAUCAUUUUGCUGUUGGUCAUUGUGGUGCUGUUUGUAACUCUACGGCGGCAUAAAAACGAGCCAUUAAUUAUCAAAGAUGACGAAGACGUUCGAGAAAACAUCAUUCGCUACGAUGAUGAAGGAGGAGGGGAGGAGGACACAGAGGCUUUUGACAUUGCAACUUUACAAAAUCCAGAUGGAAUUAAUGGAUUUUUACCCCGUAAGGAUAUUAAACCAGAUUUGCAGUUUAUGCCAAGGCAAGGGCUUGCUCCAGUUCCAAAUGGUGUUGAUGUCGAUGAAUUUAUAAAUGUAAGGCUGCAUGAGGCAGAUAAUGAUCCCACGGCCCCGCCAUAUGACUCCAUUCAGAUAUAUGGCUAUGAAGGCCGAGGGUCAGUGGCUGGCUCCCUCAGCUCCUUGGAGUCCACCACAUCAGACUCAGACCAGAAUUUUGACUACCUCAGUGACUGGGGUCCCCGCUUUAAGAGACUGGGCGAACUCUACUCUGUUGGUGAAAGUGACAAAGAAACUUGACAGUGGAUUAUAAAUAAAUCUCUGGAACUGAGCAUUCUGUAAUAUUCUAGGGUCACUCCCCUUAGAUACAACCAAUGUGGCUAUUUGUUUUAGAGGCAAGUUUAGCACCAGUCAUCUAUAAAUUCAACCACAUUUUAAUGUUGAACCAAAAAAGAUAAUAAAAUAAAAAAGUAUAUGUUAGGAGGUUAUAAAUCUUGUGGAGUGUGAAUUAAGUAUGUGGAGUGUCUAGAAGUCCUUGGAUAUUUGAUAUUUACCUGACCACCACAAAGAUUGGGAUCCUGGCUAAUCCUUAGAGAAAUGGUUUAAAUAGAGGAAAAAAAUCAAAAUUAAAAGGUGCUUUCUUAGAAAAAAAAAUAUGGACCUGCAAGGAAUCUGCUGCUGAUAUGUGUCUUCUGCAAGGAUUUUUAUGAAUGCAAAUGGUUUUUUUCCCCUUCACCAAUAAGGAUCCCGCCACAAAUGAUAAAGCAAUACUUGGUCUGCUGUACAUUAUAACUUUAUGGAGUUUUGAGAGGACUCCUAGAUUAUACGGUACGGUGACCACACAUUGUACAUAAUUGUUGGCCCCACUCACCAGAGACUGAAUAGCAUCUUUAAAUAUUGUGUCAAGCCUUAAAAUAUUCACAUGUUCGUAAUCCAUUCCAGGGUGGGGCUUGCCAAUUGAGUGGUGGGAGGAGAGAAAUCCCAUUCAAACAUGCUUGUUUUCUAGAAGCAGGAUUCCUCGUUCCUUCCGCUUCAUCUUCUUCCACAAGGACACAAAGAUAAACUGUAUUACACAGUGGACUACAUAAGAGACAGAUGGUUUUAUUGCUAGCGCGUGAAUUUAU